UCUACUCACGCCGCUACAUCCUUCUCUCUCUAAAUCUGAGAUAAUUGAAGUUGCAGAAGCAGAGAAGAAAUGGGGAUUCCAUCGGAACUGAGGGACAUGUGGGUGAACCGCAAGGAUGCUCUGGUGAUUCCUUCGCCAGCUGAAGAGGCGAAGCUGCUGAGAUCCAAGAAGUGCAUCGACGAGGGUGUUCAGGAGGGAUUCAAGUAUGCUGCCGUUGCAGCUGUUAUCUCAAGUGUGGCUACGUUGGGUGCUGUUCGUACGGUACCUUGGGCGAAGUAUAACCUCAACUACACCGCUCAAGCACUCAUCAUCAGUGCUGCAACAAUUUCUACAUACUUCAUCACCGUUGAUAAAACCAUCUUGGCGUGUGCGAGAAAAAAUGCCCUGUUGCAAGACAGCUUGAGACGCCAGCGCGAGCAGUAAUAUAAUGCAAUUGUAGCUCAAAACGAUACGAAGGUGCCCCGUCUUUGAAAAAAUCAUGUGCAUUUGAUGGGUAUAGUGAACGCUCCCGCAAUAAACCCCUCGUGGGCUUAUCAUAUCAUUCGUUAUGGUGAGCUACAAUGAAUCUCGUCAAUUCGCAAUAAUUUGUUUUUGUUUCGGCACAUGACUCUGUAGCUUGGCUGCUAAGUAGAUGAGUUUUUGUUUUCGUUAUUACGUACUGUUUUCCUGCCUUCCCCGUUUCUUUUCUUUGGCCAAGGAAGAAUAUCUUCAAAAUAAGUACAGUGGAUUCGUAUUGCGGCCAUAUUUGUAUGACGAUGUAUGACAAGGCUCUCAGUUUGGCAAUCUGAUCUGUGUUUUGUUCA